AUGUAUGCCAAAUACUCGCUUGCUGCGCUCCUGGUGACGAUAACGGGUGUUCUUGCACAUCCUAGCGGUCCUAGAAUUGCGGGGAGAAGCGGAUUCCUGAAUAUAGAGGAUCUACAACCCCUCGUCAAGAGAGCACCGAGUCCGGAUGGGUCCUGCGGUGGACCGAACCAGUAUACUUGCGGCGAGACUGUGAAUAGGUGUUGCUCGCAAUAUGGUAUGGGCAAUUACUUCCUCUCUUUUCAGGAUUUUUAUUUAUUUAUUUGCCGUGUGAAUCGGAGGAUCAGUUGGGCUGAAUAAUUGAUCAACGGUGUUGUGCAGGGUUUUGUGGUGAUACCGAUCUCCAUUGUCAGAGCUCGGAGAAUUGCCAACCUGCUUUCGGUAUAUGUGUAACGACGCCUAACAACGGAACCGGUGGAGGGCCCGGGCGAUGCGGGAGACAGGCCGACGGCACACCUUGCCCGACGGGGCAGUGUUGUUCUGAGGGCGGUUACUGCGGUAAUACAAAAGAUCAUUGCAUGUCCCCUCUAUGCCAGCUUGGAUAUGGUGUCUGUGACGCUGAGUAUAUUUUUCCUCCUCCUCUUCCAAAUUCAUGCGAUUGAGCCGUGCUCUGCGGGUGCUAACGAGUUGAAUUUAGUACCCUGCCGAGCGGUGGUACAACAGAGCAGGUUCCACGGCCCCAUGUGGGGAGUGUGCCAUACGGGGAUUUCGACGAUUGUAUUCGACCUGGCGAGGUCGCAUUGACUUUCGAUGAUGGCCCGGGUGUGUAUACAGAUGCCAUGGUCGAUCUCCUGGACUCCUACAACGCAAAGGCUACAUUCUACGUUACCGGCAUCAACAACGGAAAGGGCGCAAUCGAUACUACUCCGGCAUGGACGAACGUGAUCCGGAAGAUGAAUACCAACGGUCACCAAAUUGCCUCUCACACCUGGUCGCACGCCGAUCUCUCGACCCUCAGCGAGGCCGCCCGCCGUGGCGAGAUGAUAAAGCUUGAGAUGGCUCUCCGCAAUAUUCUUGGUUUCUUUCCGACAUAUAUGCGUCCGCCUUACUCUUCCUGCAAUGCCGCCUGCGUGGCCACGAUGAGUUCUUUGGGGUACCAUAUCACGUACUUUGAUCUGGAUACGGAUGAUUACAAUCAGGCGACGCCCGAGAAGGUUCAGGUUGCCAUGAAUAACUUUGACAAUGCGAUCAACCCUUCUAAUCCUGCUGUUGAUGCAUUCCUUGCAAUUGCUCAUGAUAUCCACCGGACCACCGCGCAGAAUCUGACAGAACACAUGCUCCGGACUUUACAACAGAAGGGCUACAAGGCUGUCACUGUGGGUGAGUGUAUGGGAGAUCCAAAGGAGAAUUGGUAUCGUGCUGCCGGUCCGGGACCUAGCUUCACUUCUGAGAUUGUUACCCCUACUCAUCACCCUACCACUUCUACCACUUCUACCACUUCUACCACUUCUACCACUUCUACCACUUCUACCACUUCUACCACUUCUACCACUUCUACCACUUCUACCACUUCUACCACUUCUACCACUUCUACCACUUCCACCACUUCCACCACUUCAAGUUCUUCGAGUUCUUCAAGUACUUCGAGUUCUUCGAGUUCCUCAAGUACUUCGAGUUCUUCGAGUUCUUCAAGUACUUCGAGUUCUUCGAGUUCCUCAAGUACUUCGAGUUCUUCGAGUUCCUCAAGUACUUCGAGUUCUUCGAGUUCUUCGAGUUCUUCGAGUUCCUCAAGCUCUUCAAGCUCUUCAAGUUCUUCGAGUUCUUCAAGUUCUACCACCACCUCCAAGCCUACGAGUUCUACCACCACCACCACCACCACCACCUCAACCUCCAGCUCCAGCACCGCCGGCCCCACCACCCCCACUCCCACAUCGACCCCUAGCACCAGCUCCACUAGCUCCACUAGCUCCACUCCCAAACCACCAACCACCACCCCUACUCCCUCUCCUUCCCCAACUACCCCUGAACCCCCUACAACCACAACCCCGAGCACUACCACCUCGAAACCCCCCAGCCCAACUAGCUCCUGUGCUUACUUGGUCGGCAGAUGGUGCGCAAAGCAUCUUCCAACCUACAGCAAUUUCGAAGAAUGUUGGGCAAGUACAAACCAGUGUUGGGAGCAAGGCAGCUUCUGCUGGCUCGCAACAGAGAACCGCAACUGCAGAUACUACCAAACUGUUUGUCUAGCACAAGAAGAGCAUUGCAUAUCCUGCCAUAACUCUGGCUCCACGAGUUGCUCCUAUGUGACACCGGUUUAUCCUACGACAACG